GCUCAUCCCAUUCAUUCAUUCAAUAGUAAUACAACUCCCAACCCCAAAACCAACCAAUUUCUCUCACUACACCCAUCUCUCUCUCUCUCACACAUAUACGUAUACACACACACACACACACUAAAUAAACGCAUCAAAGCCCUCUCGGUUUCUCUCUCUUUGAGCCCUUAUUCAACGUUUUCUUUAUCAGAUCUCUCUUCUUUUCAAUACCCAUUUGAGUAUCCUUCAUUCUUUGAUUUCGUUCGUUUCCAUUCUCAUCAUAAAGAUUACACCUUUUUUUUUGUGUGUGAGAUAACAGAGAUAUGGCGAAUGGUGUGAAUAAUGUUUCGGCAAUGUUUACAGAUGAAGAAGUGAAGGAUAUAAGUGGGUUCAAGUGUGGCGGCGAGGAUCACGUGGAGGUCACGUGCGGGUGCACGAGCCAUCGUUACGGCGAUGCUGUUGGGACCCUUAGGGUUUUUGUCAACGGUGAUCUUGAAAUCAGCUGUGAAUGUACCCCUGGUUGUGAUGAAGAUAAGUUAAGCCCAGCUGCAUUUGAGAAGCAUUCUGGAAGAGAAACAUCAAGAAAAUGGAAGAAUAAUAUUUGGGUGAUUGUUGAUGGAGAGAAAGUCGCAUUGUUCAAAACCGCACUUCUCAAGUAUUACAAUAAAGCUUUGAGCAGCGGGUCAAACAGGUCACAAGCGGGUCGGGUUUGUCAUAGGGAUGAAUUUCUUAGGUGCACAAAAUGCAAUAAGCAUAGAAGGUUCCGCCUUCGCACAAAAGAGGAAUGCCGGUCUUAUCAUGAUGCGUUUAUAGAUGCUAAUUGGAGCUGUUCUGAGAUGCCUUAUGACAAGAUAACAUGUGACGAUGACGAGGAAAGAGCGAGCCGAAGGGUGUACAGAGGGUGUGUGCGUUCUCCGACCUGCAAAGGCUGCACGUCCUGUGUUUGUUUCGGUUGUGCCACCUGUCGGUUUUCAGAUUGCUCGUGUCAGACAUGCAAUGACUUCACCAUCAACUCAAAAGCUUAGGAACUUACAUUUGACACUAUCUCAAAUCAUCUUUGCUUCAAAUGAUACUGUUCGCAUUGUACUCUUUACUUAUUUAAUUUGACAGUAAUUUAUUCCCUUCCACUCUAAACAAGAAUGCUAUUGUUGAAAGUUCAUUUUUUCCAAGUCACUUGUA